AUGGCCGACGAGAAAAGUGCAAUCCAGUCCGCUGCGCCCAGCUCCCCUACUCACUCCAAGGAGUAUGCCAUUGGCGACUCUGAGGCCGUGGUGUUUGAUGAUGAUGAUGCGCAUGAGGUCUUCAAGAAGAAUACGGAUGGUGUGAACUUUAGGACUGUGGGAUGGGUGAGGGCGAGUGUGAUCUUUUUGAAGGUUAUCUUCGCGACCGGUGUCCUGGGUAUCCCAUCUGCUAUGUACUCUCUUGGUGCUGUUGGUGGUGCAUUAAGCGUGAUUGGAUGGGGAGCGCUGAAUACAUAUACCGCUGUUGUCCAAGGCGACUUCCGAAACAGCCACCCAGGUUGCCACAGUAUUGCCGACAUGGCGAGAGUGCUCGGGGGUCCGGUACUCAAGGAAUUGACUGGCGGCCUAUUCAUCAUCGCCUACGUCCUCUGCACCGGCUCUGGCAUUUUAGGUGUCUCAAUCGGCCUCAACGCUCUCUCGACCCACGCCGCCUGCUCAGUCUGGUGGUCCUUCCUAGCCACAGUUGUUGUCAUGGCUACUGCUUCAGUACGGACAUUCCACAAAGUCGGCUGGCUGACAUGGGCUGGCUUCGCCUCGAUCUUCACCGCUGUGCUCAUUGUCGUCAUCGGCGUCACAACUCGUGACCGACCCGCCUCCGCCCCCUCAUCCGGCCCCUACGAUUUCGGCUACCACGCAAUCGCGCACCCAACCUUCGUCGCCGGCAUGACCGCCUCCGCCACUAUCUUCGUCUCCUCCGCCGGGACCUCCGCCUUCCUGCCCGUAAUCUCGGAAAUGCGCCAGCCAAAAGACUACCGCAAAGCCCUCUUCACCUGCAUGGCCAUCGUCAACGCCGCCUACCUCUCCUUCUCCCUCGUCGUGUACAAGUGGUGCGGCAAGUGGGUGUCCAACCCCUCCCUCGGCUCCGCGGGCCCCGUGAUCAAGAAAGUCGCCUACGGCAUCGGCCUCGUAGGACUCAUUGUGUCUGCGUGCUUGUACCUGCACGUCGCCUCCAAGUACCUCUUCGUGCGGAUCCUGCGCAACAGCAAGCACCUCCAAGCCAACACGGUCGUGCACUGGUCCGUCUGGCUCUCGUGCACGUUUGGGCUCGCCUCGCUCUCGUUCAUCCUGGCCGAGGCGAUCCCGAUCUUUAGUUAUCUGCUCGCGCUGACGGGGAGCAUCUGCUUUGCGCCGCUGGCGAUUAUGCUGCCCGGGUGGUUGUGGAUCCACGACCACGGGAGCUGGAGGCGGGGCGGGGUGGCGAAGAUGGCGGCGUACUACCUGCAUUUCUUGAUGAUUGCGAUUGGGGCUUUCUUGUGUGUGGGCGGGACGUAUGGGACGGUGAUGGAGAUUAAGGCGGCGUAUGCUAAUGGGUCGGUUGGUUCCGCUUUCGCGUGCGCCGACAACUCGAACUCGAUCGCUCACUAGAAUCUCUCGUACCUGAUAGUCUAGAUCAAAUAGAGACGAUAGAGUAAUAGACCACGAUUAACGCUUGCCUCUACACAGCUCGCGGCUACGGUUCGCACGUGCUUCGUCCACCCAGUCCUCGUUUUUGUCGAUGUGUAAACCCAUCGCCAUUCCGCUCGCCUGAUGCCAUAGUAGAUGGCAGUGCAGCAUCCAUAUCCCUGGAUUGUCCGCCAUAAAUCUGAGUACCACGUAACCCCUCCUAGAUAUAAAGACCGUGUCUUUCUUGACCGGAUUCACUAGAUUAAACGCUCCCCCAGGCGGCUCAGAUCCGUCGAACGGGUUAUAGCUUCCGUAGGACAUAGUGGUAUCGAGAUCUGCGGCGUAUGUUGACAAGACCCAGAAAUCGUGGCCGUGGAGGUGGAAGGGGUG